AAUUGUCUGGUUGUUUGGGUUUUCGAAUCUUCUUAAAAUGGUUCAUUUACGUCAGUCAGUUGCCGUACUUUUGAGCAUGUUUGCCAGUGCCUUCUUGUGCCACUGCGCAAGUAAAGGUCUGCAUUGUCAGUUUGCCACGCAGGAGAGUAGGAGGUUGACGGGGAGCGUUUUCAGCGAGAAAUCUGCCGUCGGUUCAGCCGUGCGUUGCUCGGCUCUCUGUGCCAAGCAUUCCCGCUGCGUCUCGUUCAACUACGCAAAGGAACUGAGCCGAUGCGAGCUGAACCGGAACAAGACCCGCGACCACUCAGAUAAAUUGAAACAGGAUGCCCGUUUCAAGUACUACGAAAUGAUGAACGCAGAUAUGGAUUAUCUGAAUACCCAAGAUUCUGAUGAACGAACUACUGAGACAUCUACUUCUAUUGGGAAAGUACCACUAAAGGAGUCAACAAUUCAGAUGUCGAGUGGGGCUACUGAUACAUUUAAGCUUAAUGAACCUACUUUGGAAGAAAGCACUCCAAUGGAACUCAUUAUUAGUACACAUAAUACUACGAAACCAACUUCACUGGAGCUAACUACGAUGGAGCCAACUACAAAGGAACCAACUGCAGUUAAACCAACUUCGAUCGGACAAAGCAUCACGGAACCAACUACAAUGGAACAAACCACAACAGAACUAACUACGACGGAACCAACCACAACUGAACCAACUACCACGAAACCAGCUACAGCAGAACGAACAUCAAUGGAGCCGACCACAACGGAACAAACUACAACGGAACCAACUGCAAUAGAACCAACCGCAACGGAACCUAUUACCAAGGAAACAACAACAACUGAACCAACUACCAAGGAACCAACUACAGCAGAACGAACAUCAAUGAAGCCAACCACAACGGAACAAACUACGACAAAAUCAACUACAAUAGAACCAACUACUUUUAAACACACUUCAACGGAACCAACUACAACGGGACCAACUUCAAUGGAGCCAACCACAACGGAACCAACUACAGCAAAAUCAACUACAAUCGAACAAACUUCAACGGAACGAAUUUCAACGGAACCAGCCACAAUAGAAACAAGGACAAGAGAACAAACCACCUUGGGACACACUACAGAGGUUAUAAUACCCACAGAUCCGAUACGGGAAUCCUGUCUUGCCCUAAAACAGGCUGGCUACACAACCGACGGCUAUUACAUGAUUGAUCCCGAUGGCUUAGACAGUGGGGAAGAGCCGUUCUUUGUACAUUGCUUUACAAUAAAAGAUGGCAUAUGCACAACGUUGGACCACUCUACCUCGGGUCAGUCACUGAAUGUGACGUCAUACCCGUUCGACGUCAAUAUAAGCUACUUCGCCAAUGGAAACCAGAUCCAAUUGUUGAUCGACAUGUCGACGAUUUGCACCCAAUAUUUGAAGGCCACGUGUAAGAACGCCAAGUUGUGGGAUGGAAGCACCCAGCUGGCUUGGUGGGUGUCAGACCAAGGAGGGCAAAUGACCAACUGGGGCGGUGUAGCUACCGGAAAUGAUGGAUGCAGUUGCCACUGGUCAUCAUCAAUAACUUGCGAAGGGGGUUCCUCGUCCCUUUGCAACUGUGGCGGCGUGCAAGACACCUGGGCAAUCGACGACGGCACACUCAAGGAUAAGACCCGUUUGCCAGUGGUUGCGCUACAUUUCGAGCAGGUGACACCUCCGGGAGAGAUAAGCUACCAGUUAGAUGGCAUCAAAUGUUAUACGAGAGGCUAA